AUGGAGGUUCUAGAAAGAGCUUACCUUGUGAGUGACAGAGCCACCAAGAUGUAUGCCUUCACACUAGACAGUGUGGAACUCCAGCAGAAAUCCUUGAAAAAAGAUCCAUGUCCUGGAGAGAGGCCAGAGGAGCUGGAGUCAGGAGCCAUCUCUCACUGCCACAGCAACUCCAAGGCCACAGAGAACAGGGCGAAUGAGCAAGUCUACGCCAAGUGGAAACUCCGUGCUGCUUCAGGAAUAUGCUUCGUUUUCAUGAUCGCAGAGGUUGUGGGUGGGCACAUUGCUGGGAGUCUUGCUGUCGUCACAGAUGCUGCCCACCUCUUAAUUGACCUGACCAGUUUCCUGCUCAGUCUCUUCUCCUUGUGGUUGUCAUCGAAGCCCCCCACCAAGCGGCUGACGUUUGGAUGGCACCGAGCAGAGAUCCUCGGGGCCCUGCUGUCCAUCCUGUGCAUCUGGGUGGUGACCGGUGUGCUGGUGUACCUGGCGUGCGAGCGCCUGCUGUACCCUGAUUACCAGAUCCAGGCAACCGUGAUGACCGUCGUCUCGGGCUGUGCAGUGGCAGCCAACGUCAUUCUAAGUGUAAUUUUGCACCAGAGAUGUCCUGGCCACAAUCAUAAGGAGGUACAGGCUAAUGCCAGUGUCAGAGCAGCUUUUGUGCAUGCCCUUGGAGAUCUAUUCCAGAGCGUCAGUGUGUUAACCAGUGCACUCAUCAUCUACUUUAAGCCAGAGUAUAAAAUGGCCGACCCAAUCUGUACGUGUGUCUUUUCUGUCCUGGUCUUGGCCAGCACCAUCAUUAUCUUAAAGGACUUCGUCAUCUUACUCAUGGAAGGUGUGCCAAAGAACCUGAAUUACAACAAUGUGAAAGAGCUCAUCUUAGCGGUGGAUGGCGUGGUGUCUGUGCACAGCUUGCAGAUCUGGUCUCUGACAAUGAACCAGGUGGUUCUCUCGGUUCAUGUUGUUGCAGCAGCAGGCCGGGACAGCCAAGUUGUCCAGAAAGAGAUUGCUCAAGUCCUCAGCAGUCGCUUUCCUGUGCACUCACUCACCAUUCAAAUGGAAUCUCCAGCUGACCAGGACCCAGACUGCCUUUUAUGUGAAGACCCCCGGGACUAGUUCAGCACACUGUCAGAUGGAGUUUGACAGGCCACACUGCAUGCUGCUCUGCAGUUUCUGGAAUAUAAGAAAUAAGGAACCAAAGACAGAAUUUUGAGAAAUUGAUGACACAGUACAAUGCACACAUUAUCCUUAUUUAUUUAGCUCCAUCCACCAUGAAGGAAGAUGCAUUUAGAUUCAUCAGUCAAUUGGAUUAUCAACUCAUCAGUAACUGUGUUCAAUUAUAGGAAUAUGUGCCCUGACUGGGCAGAGUUAACAGCUGUUUGGAACCACAGGCAAUAAAAAAUUCAUCUCCCUUCAAUAACACAUCCUGAGGAUGAGAGGGUAAAGUUGAACUCAGGCAAGUUUUAUUAAGAAUCAGUGCCAAGGCAAGGAGUCACAAAAUCCUUCCAAAACAUGAGAAGCAAAAAUAAGAAGAACCAAGUGAGGUUAAAAAAGAAUCUGGAGGCCAAACAUCUUAGAACUUGACUUUCCCACCAAGUUGUAAUAUCAUUUGGGGUAAUAUCACUGGGCUCUCUGUCAACAUUACUAUUCACUAAAUGGGGUAGAAACGCCCUCUUUCUAUCUGGCUUGUAAAUUAUGUUUUAGUAUGUCUAGAACUACUGAAUGAUAUUUUACUCCUCUGAA